CGUCGAUGGGUUCAUGGAGCUUUAUCGCCACCACGGAAUGUAAAUCAAUAUUAGGCUUAUCUUGACCAACUGUGAGAAUUCGCGCAGGCUGCCUGGCCCAAAGAUAUUGGCCAGAGCCCUCAGCCAUGACAGAAACUGGUAACUGGUAUUUGGCAACCAGCGACCUCACUCGAGUUUCACUUUCCGCACGACAUGGGUUACUGGUCAGAGACUCGGGCCUGGCUCUUCCGCGAUCCAGCCAAGCUCAUCCGCUACCUGGUGCUCUUCGCCUGCUGCAUUGUGGUCAUUGUCCAGUUGUACGAGUGCUUCUCCAAGCUCUACGAUCCUCCCAUCUCCACUCAUUCCUACUACAAUCUCAACGAAACUAUUGAAAUGCCAGCGGUUACCAUAUGCCGGGAACCGCCCUAUAAAGAGGAUGUCCUUACUAAACUUUCCGGCGGCGCCUGUCCUCAUCCAAAGUACGCAACCUGCUGGAUGAACUAUCCCUUUGGAGAAAUUUCCUUGGACGAGUUUUUUGAAAAUAGCACUCAUGAUAUGAGCGAUACUUUUGUGUUUUACGGACUAAACGAAAAUCCAAAUAAUGUGGAUAUGAAUACCAGUUUACAUUUUUAUAUGGGUCGUUGCUUUACCCUUCGACCGAAGGAGCCCGCCAAGAGGGUUUCCAAAGCAGUGGGCUACUCCAUAAUGCUAGAACAUUCCAUGCUGACCACUUCCACCAGCGAUAUUGAUACAGGAAGUGUCGGUUGGCAUGUAUUCAUACACGAUAAGAAGGAGAAUUUCACAGAAAUCAAUAUGAAGGGUUCUGGGCGUGUGGAAUACAUUUUCGUGGGUGUUAACGAGGAAAUUGAGAUCAAGCUGCAAACCCAAUACUUUUCGAAUGUUCAGACACGCACAGAGGCGUGUUCCUCUGAUGAGAACUACAGUGACUUGAAGUGUGGAGAACAGUGCAUCUGGCAAGAUUUGGCGGAUAAUUUUCAGUGUUCAGGACCCUGGAUGCAGGAAAUCGAAAGUGAACCCUGCAAUGAUUCGGUUUCUAUGAGGAAAUUAAUAUCGGAUUAUCACGAUGUUUAUGAAAAUGAAGAUGACUUCGACUGCAACUGUGUUCAGCCCUGCCAGUCGAGAAUCUAUACCACCUUUAUUCAGAACCGAAAGGCCUUUAACCAACCGGAGCCACGCACACAAAUAUAUAUUUACUACACAACCAAACUGAUAUCGAUGAUUGAAGAGCGUCCAAGCUACGAUACCACACAAUUUAUAGCUGAUGUGGGUGGUUCCCUUGGCUUUCUGCUGGGUCUUUCUGUUCUUGGGUUGAUUGGAAUACUAGAACACCUGACUCUCUUCUUCUGCGGUGGAUUCAUUAAGAGAAUGCAGGACAAGGAGCAGAAGAAAUUGGCCGAAAAACUAGAGGACAAUGAGUCACAAACUAGUGAUGAGACCAUCGAUAUAGCGAUUGCUUAUAAAAAGAAAGAUAAGGGGACAACAAAAUAUUGAUUUAGGAGACAAGCUGG